CUUUGGUGAAAUUAAAAGUUCGGUUAUCAGAUGUUUUUAACAUUUAUAAGAAAUUUUUCAAAACAUAGCCAAAAGGAAGUUUAUAUUAUUGAUGCUAUCAGGACACCUAUUGGUAUUUUUAAAGGUGGCUUAAGCUCAAUUUCAGCACCAAACUUGGGAUCUUUAACAAUUAAAUCUUUGCUAAAACGAAAUGGUAUUAGCAUGGAUCUAGUCGAAGAAGUAUUCAUUGGUAAUGUAUGUCAAGCUGGAUUAGGACAAUCACCAGCCAGACAGGCAUCUAUUGGAGCUGGUAUAAAUGAAUCAGUUGAUUGUACUACAAUAAAUAAAGUCUGUGCAUCUGGAAUGAAAGCCAUUAUGUUAGCUGCUCAAAGUAUUAUUCUUGGAUAUAGAAAUGUGAUGAUCGCUGGAGGGAUGGAAAAUAUGUCCAAAGUUCCUUUUUAUAUAGCGAGAGGUGAAAUACCUUAUGGUGGAUGUAAGAUACAAGAUGGCAUUGUGGUCGACGGUUUAACAGAUGCUUACAAUAAUAUUCAUAUGGGCGUAUGCGGCGAAAUGCUAGCCAAAAAAAUGAAUAUAACCCGAAAAGAUCAGGAUGAAUUCGCCGUUAUGAGUUAUAAAAGAGCGCUCGAGGCAACGAAAAAAGGUGUAUUUAAAGAUGAAAUCGUACCCGUUAAUGUCCCGCAAAAGAAAGGAAAGCCUGAUAUAACACUUAUCGAGGAUGAAGAACCAAAACGCGGAGAUUUUCAAAAGUUUCCUAAUUUGUCGCCGGCGUUCGAAAAGCAAGGUACAAUAACGGCAGCAAACGCGAGUAAGAUAAAUGACGGAGCGUGUAUGCUAUUGCUCGCUAAUCAAGAUCACACCAAAAAUCCCUCCAAGUUCCUGGCGAAAAUUAUAGCCUUCGCUGACGGUGCUCUGAACCCCGUUGAAUUCACGAUGGCACCUUCGAUUGUGAUCCCUAAAGCAUUAGACAUGGCUAAAUUGAAAAUCAGCGAUAUUGACCUAUGGGAGAUAAACGAAGCCUUUUCCGUUGUAGCGCUAGGAAAUAUUAGAAAAUUGAAUUUAGAUAUCAACAAGGUUAACGUAAACGGGGGAGCAGUUAGUAUGGGGCAUCCCUUGGGAAUGUCGGGGGCUAGAAUCGUAACGCAUUUGGUUCACGCACUGAAAAAGGGACAAAAAGGCCUUGCAGCGGUAUGCAAUGGUGGUGGCGCCGCCUCCGCCAUCAUAAUCGAAAAAUUGGUUUGAAUUCUUAUAGGAAUAUAUUUCCUCUCAAAAAAGGCUCAACAUUAUUUAAAUUUUGAUAUUUUAUUUAUAGCAUAUUAAAUUAUUUGUAAG